AACGCGUGCCACCCGCACGGCAACCAGAACACGUGCCUUAUUUGGUCUCCCCGUCCUUAUUGCGUCCCGUGGCUCUCCGCUCUUCAUCCUCAGCCACAAUGCGCCUUCCCCCGGACGCUUGCCCCCUCUUCACCACUCAGACCACCGUCCCUGCUACUGCCAGGUUCCAGCUCGCCCUCCCCUAUGUCCUCGCCCCCGUCUCUCCUGCCCUCGCAGCGCUCCAUGCCGGCCGGGCUCGAAACCAGCUUCCCGCCGAGCCGACCUUGAGGCUAACGCAUUGUGCGGCAUGCGGCGCGUCGUAUCUCGACGGAGGGGGGUCCAUCAGAUCUGUGCGCUCUCGUAAGAAGCGGAUGACUGCUGACGGCAAGCGCGAGCCUAAGCGAUUCAUGCGCAUGUCCUGCGGAGUCUGCGGCUAUCGCGAAGACACGCCCGUCGAGCACAGCGGCGCCUCUGCAUUCCCGCCGCUUACGGAACGGAGAGACGCUGCCGGGCUGCAUUCUGCAACAGAGGCACAGAAUUUUGCAUCCACUUCAAUACAAGUUGCUGCUGUCAGCGCGUCGUCCGCCAUACCUUCACAGCCUAAUCAACCUGAGGCCCUCGCAUGUCCAUCACCAACGACACAGAAGACCACAAAUCCGGCCUCCCCCGCAGACACCGUUCCGUCUGUGCCCUAUCAGCGUCCACGCUUGCAUUUUGCCCCGUCCUCUAGGCCUUCACCAAAACCUUCACCAGUCUCAAGCGUCAUGCAGGCAUCAUCGACUGCUACGGCUCGCACGAAAGCACGGGCAAAAAAGCCCGUCGGCCUGCAGGCGGUUUUGGCGCGGAAUAGAGAGAAACAGGAGCAAGAGAAAAAAUAUGGAAGGAAAACACAUCACACCAAACUGGAUUUUGAUGGCAUACUGUGCAGGCAACAACAGGCCCAUCGUGUCUGGGGUGAUCUUAAAGUGAUUGACUCGCUUCAUGACCGGUGUGAUUCUUCAUCAGCAAAUUAUUGACCGAGCUCAGUCGCUUCAUCGCUGGGCAUGGCACACAUCUGCAUGUUCCUUUAUGUAAAAAUCGAAUGUUUCCAUACCACAUAUCCUGUAGUCCGCAGCUACUCACGCUAUACAUCGCUUCCCUCGGCAUGCACUUUUAUCACAAAUCACCUUGCAUAUUUUGUCAUGAGGCUUGUAUUAUGAGG